CCCUUGAGCCCCCUCGCUUCCCGACGCUCCAUCCUCCCUGCGCGCCUUCUCCCGCAGCCACCUUCCGCAGGCCGAUUCCACUGAGGAAAAGGAAUCGUAUCAUAUGUCCACUAUCCAGAACCUCCACCCCGUUGACCCCUUUGCUGAUGCAAGUAAGGGUGAUGACCUGCUUCCUGCUGGCACUGAGGAUUAUAUCCAUAUAAGAAUUCAACAGAGAAACAGCAGGAAGACCCUUACUACUGUCCAAGGGAUCGCAGAUGAUUACGAUAAAAAGAAACUAGUGAAGGCAUUUAAGAAGAAAUUUGCCUGCAAUGGUACUGUAAUUGAGUAUCCAGAAUAUGGAGAAGUAAUUCAGCUACAGGGUGACCAGCGCAAGAACAUAUGCCAGUUCCUGGUAGAGAUUGGGACUAGCUAAGGAUGAUCAGCUGAAGGUUCAUGGGAUUUAAGUGCUUGUGGCUCACUGAAGCUUAAGUGAGGAUUUCCUUGCAAUGAGUAGAAUUCCCUCCUGUCCCUUGUCACACGUUUAAAAACCUCACAGCUUGUAUAA